CAAUUUUGUAAAUUGACAAGUGCAAACGACAAUAAUGGUUUCGAUUUUCGGUUUCGACAAAUUGGUUUUGAUCCUGAUCUUGUACCUGGCCGGGCUCGUUUACACCGGAAUAUGGCUGAUAUCGUUGUUCGUAUUGUUAGGUAGGCGAUAUUUUUUAUUAUCCUCGCCACACGAGUUCCUCACCGACGUUUUGGACGUGUACAGUGAAUCAGAGAGGGAACGAAGCGUUUACGACGAUGUCUAUCUCCCCGAUAAAUUAAUUGUGAAAUGGUAAUUGUGGAAAUUAAAGAAAGGAAUCGCC